AUGUUUGAAAAUUUAAAAGCAUUCAUUAGACAUGGGAAGCAAGCUAAUGAUAUAAAAAAGAGACAAACAACAACUACAGAUCAAAAUAUAAGUAAUUCAAAUUCAUACCCAAAUGUUACUUUACCAUCUCAGUUCAAUCCAGAUUUGAAUAUCAAUCAUGAACAAUUAAGUGCUACCAAUAAUAAUCAUAUUCCAACUAAUGAUACUAAUGGAAUAUAUACCAAUAGUAAUUAUCUGGAUAUAACUUUAAUUAGUAAUUCUGCUAUUCAAAAUGUAUAUCCAACACCAACAGAACAACCACAUGAUGAUAGGAAUUAUCAACAUGUUGCAACCCAUAUAGUUGAACAAGAAAGACUCGAGAAACAAAGAGAAAAGCAGGCUAAAUACCCUAAUUUAGAUAAUUAUGAAAUUAUUGAUAAAAUGGGAGAAGGAGCAUUUUCUGUGGUUUAUAAAGCUAAACAUAUUCCAUCAGGUAGAUUUGUUGCCGUUAAAAUAUUACGAAAAUUUCAAAUGGAUCAAGUUCAAAAGCAAGCAGUAUUAAAAGAAGUUACUAUUAUGAGACAAUUAAGUCAUCCUAAUAUUGUAAAAUUUAUUGAAUUUAUUGAUUCUCCAACUUAUUAUUAUAUUGUUCAAGAAUUAGCCAUUGGUGGUGAAGUAUUUACUCAAAUCGUAAAGUAUACUUAUUUCUCGGAAGAUUUAUGUCGUCAUGUAAUUUAUCAAGUUGCAAAAGCCGUUAGAUAUCUUCAUGAAGAAGUAGGAAUUGUUCAUCGUGAUAUAAAACCAGAAAAUUUAUUAUUUAUGCCAAUUGAUAUAAUUCCUAGUAAAGAUCCACUUUCCAAAUUAAGAAAAUCAGAUGAUCCCAAUACUAAACAAGAUGAAGGAGAAUUUACUUUUGGAGUUGGAGGAGGUGGAAUUGGUCUUAUUAAAUUAGCUGAUUUUGGUUUAUCUAAACAAAUUUGGGAACAUAAUACAAAGACUCCUUGUGGAACUGUUGGUUAUACUGCCCCUGAAAUAGUUAGAGAUGAACGUUAUUCUAGAGAAGUUGAUAUGUGGGCUAUUGGAUGUGUUUUAUAUACAUUAUUAUGUGGAUUUCCUCCAUUUUAUGAUGAAAGAAUUGAAUCAUUAACUGAAAAAGUUGCUCGAGGUGAAUAUACAUUUCUUAGUCCUUGGUGGGAUGAAAUAUCUAUUGAAGCUAAACGAUGUGUUAGUAAAUUAUUAACGGUUGAUCCUAAAAGAAGAUAUACAAUUAAUGAUCUUUUAAGUGAUCCUUGGUUAAAUAAAGUUUCUGCUGAUCUGAAAGAAAUUCCUAAACCAAAAUCCGAACGAUCUAAUGAAGUUCAUCCAAUUCAAAGUUUUAAUGUUAAAUAUUCUAAGAAGUAUAAGAAUUCUCAAGAAUUAUAUUCUCCUGCUGCUGUAGCACUUCGUGAUGCAUUUGAUAUAUCUACUGCAGUACAUAGAAUGGGUGAAGAAGCUGCUCUUGGUAAAUUAAAUCCUAAUACAAUUCAAGAUUUAGUAGAAGAGGAAGAAGAAGAAAAUGAAGAAAAUGUUGAUAGAGAAGGUCAUGUAUUAGAAUCAUCAAAUCCAACUCAUACAACAUCUCAAAAAACCACUACUCAUCAUCAUAAAUAUAAUUAUAACAAUAAUAGUCAUAAGCAACAACAAGCUAGAAUUUUUGAAUUAAAUUUAGGAGGUGCCUCUAUUAUUGAAAGAAGAAAAAACAAACAAGUAUCAGUUGAGGGUUAA